AUGUCUAAGUGUACCAGCUGGAUUAAGCGCUGUUCUUCAUGUCGAUGGAGACUAUGUUAUGCCUGUGCUGGUGUUAGUCUUCUGAUGCAAACAUUAACAGUUGAUCUGAGCAUGGCUUUUGUUUGUAUGUUGAAAACAACCAAUCGUACAAUUGAGGAAGUUAACUCUACAGCAAACAACCAAGAUUGUCCUGGUCUGGAUAAUUAUUAUUCAAUAAACCCAAGUUUUGAAGGCGAAUUCGAAUGGGGUGACACGUUACAAUCACACAUGUUGGCUGGUUUCUUCUAUGGAUAUAUAGGAACUAACAUUCUGGGUGGGAUAUUGGCAGACAAAUAUGGUGGGAAAAGAAUUGUCGGAACGUCAGUACUUGCAGCAUCAAUUUUGGCCAUUCUUCACCCAAGUUUAUCACGAGUUAGUGGCUACUUUACUCUUGUCCUAAGGAUAUUAACAGGUAUGGCAUCAGGAUCAAUAUACCCGGCAAUUCAGUCCUUAUUUGGACGCUGGUGCCCUCCACAAGAAAUUGGUUCGUUGGUUGCAAUAACAUUUGCUGCUCAAUACCUAGGUAGUAUUUUAUGUCUCUCAAUAUCAGGUUAUCUUUGUGUUUAUGGAUUUGAUAAUGGGUGGGGCCCUAUAUUUUACAUAUUUGGUGGAUUAUCGUUGGUGUUUAGUUUUGUGUGGUUUUAUGUAGUUUACGAUAAUCCAGACACCCAUCCCACUAUCAGCGAAGAAGAAUAUUCUUACUUAAAUAGAACUAUAGUGAGUGGAAAAGUAGUUAAAAAAGUACCCUGGAAACGGCUGCUCUCUUCAAAAUUCGGCAGCACACCUGAAUUUCAAAUAUAA